AUGAGAGGACGAGGACGUAGAUCUUCAUCACGGGGUCGAGGAGACCAUGGCAGGGGUAGUGUCCACACAAAUGAAUCAGAAAAUAUCAAUCAAGAUUUGGUACAGCACACUGCUUUGAUUCCUAGACCAGACCAGGGUGAGAGAUCCACACAGGGUGCUGCAUCAUCCACUCCUGCUUCAGUGCACACAUCUGCUACUGCCUCAACUUCCAUAGGUUUGCCACCUAUUCCAUCGAUGGCUACAUCUGCAUCUGCAUCUGCAUUUGCUUCUGGUAGUUGCGGACCCACAGGAUACAGAUCAUAUAUUUCCUUAGUAAACUCAAUCAUGCAGCCUUCUGAUCCGAUUGCUAGGCGGAUUACCUUGAUCUUCAAGGAAAAGUUAGUAGCAAAUGGCUUUUAUUGGAAAAAUGUACCAGAAGAGGUUAAAGAAUUCUAUUGGCAAGAAUUUAAGGAGAAGAGGCUAUCACUGACAGAAGAAGUAAUGGAUGCAUGGCAAUCCGCUUGGGGAGCAACUGAGUAUAAAGAGAAAUGCAAAAAAUCCUCAAAUAACAGAAAGAGUGAAACAGGUGGGCAAGGCGCUGGCCCAUUAAGACAUUGUGGAGGAUCCAUAUCUCAGUAUAGGCAUCAACAACAGAUGCGCGAAAGACUAGGCAGAGAUCCUCUACCUCAUGAGUUAUUUGAGGCUACUCAUAAAAAGAAGGGUACCUCAGAGUUUGUUGAUGUACGCUCAAAGGCCAUUCAUGACCGCUUUCUGACUUUGAAAGAGCAAGCAUCACAGACAGAUAAUGACAGUAGUCAGGCAUCCCGCAUUGAUGAGGCUCAGUUAUACUUUGAGGCAGUGAAGGAUUUACUUAUGCAGCUUGUGAGUCAAAGGCAAGGCAACCAGCCUUCAGCUCCCGGUGAGGGAACUUCUGCACAGCCUCCUGAUCAAGCAGAUGAAGCUAAUGAUGAGGACGAGGACGAGGACGAAAAUACUACACAUUUAUAG